AUGGAACGAUACGAAUAUCAGCAUCUUCCAGAUCGCCGUAGUUUUAGACUCUUGAGUCUAUUGCCUGGCAACGAUCCGGCGGAUCUUAUUCGAUGUCAACUCCAGGUUCAUUCUCUGACGGAAGAUGGCCAGAUCCCGCAAUAUACUGCGCUUUCCUACGUCUGGGGCGAUCCAAGUUUUAAUAUCUGUAUCGAAUGUGAGGGCGGCAUGUUGCCUGUCAAUAAGGGCUGUUUCUACGCUUUGCGUGCCCUUCGAGACUCGCUACGUGACCCCGAUCAAGAUUUGGAUUUCACACCAUAUUUCUGGGUUGAUGCAGUAUGCAUCAAUCAACUGAACGACAACGAGAAAAGUGCCCAGGUUCGGUUGAUGGGUGAUAUCUUCCGUUUGGCCGGGACAGUUCUGUGCUUCAUUGGAGACACGUACACACAAGAUAACAUGUACGCGCCUAAUCUCCUAGGAGCAAGAGCAGGAGUAAGGAAACAGCUUUUCCUCCAGAGUCCUCGAGAUGAGAGUAGCUGGAACGUCAACGGGGACAUCAUAGGAAUCGAUAACCUACGAGAGUCUGCAAUACGCAAAUUGGUUGAGUCACAAUACUGGACUAGGUUGUGGACAUUCCAAGAAGCAUUGCUCUCUCAUCGCAAGAUUGUAUUCUCGGGCAAGAAUAUGAUAGAAUGGGAGUAUGUUGGGACCUUGUUACAGCAAGCCGCCGCGAAGCGUGAAGGUCUUAACCAAUCACUUCCUAAAGCAAUUCACUUCCACACUCUGACAACGGGUAGCCCCAUACUUCGUCAUCUUCUAGAUCGAGGUGAUACAAUGACCACCAAACCCUUCAGUAAAUCCCUCACACGAAGCCUAUCGCUAGAGAUUUCGCGAUUACUAUCUUUCUCUUCUGAGCUCAGAACUUCCGAUCCCCGGGACAGGCUCUUCGCCCUGGCGGGACUUAUGACGGUGUUGGAAGUGAGCCUGGAGUUCAUCGAUUAUUCUACGUCGAUGGAAUUGGUACUUGCCAACAGCAUCGAAGCCUUUUCCAUGCAUGCAUUGCUCAAAAAAUGGGUAGUCAGGCACGAAGAUGUUUCGUUCACAUACUUGGACAUGGGAUCUCAGGCUUUGGAUAGGUCAAUAUCACUACCUAUCAGAGUCAAGGGAACCUCAGGAAUGAACCAGUUAUAUGAGGAAAACAUUGUGAAUCACAUGCGGUGUUCACUUCUGGGAAACGAUUUACUCCAAGGCAAGGGUACUGUAGAAGUGCCCAUUAGCAAAGAGCUACCGAAUGUGGUUCAAAGUAAGGAGGCCCCCUCGAGUGAGCAAGAGGAAACGGAAUUCCCUCAGGACGAGGACGAGUCUGAUGACGAUGGAACCGACGAAAGUGAAAUGGGAUGUAAGCCAUCAACAAUCAUUCCUAACCCAAUGGCGGGAUUCGGCGAGCAGCAACACAUGAUCAUCAGAGAUAAAGGCUUGCAGGACUGGAAGAAGAUUUAUCAAAUCCUAUUUCCAAACGACGACGAAGAGUCUAUUCCAUCACAGUACUACGCAAAUAUCGUCACUAUCGUUGAGAUGCUUGAACAAUUUGAUCGCGCUUACCAGCAAGAAGUCGAGCAACGGCUCCCGGGAUUAUUAGGAACCGCUAUAGAACGUCUACGCCUCAGACCUUUCCCCGCUAUUGAGGACGCUAUCGUAUCUGUAGUCCACGAGAUAAACAGUGCAAUGGUAAACUCAACCAGGCAGCGAAUGGCCCACGGGCUGCUAACUGGCUCGAAUUUAACUCCCCCGGAGGUCUCGAGGAUAGCAACUCCAAGAGUUGGGACCAAUUUGAACGACCCAACAAGUUUUCUCCAUGAGUACGUCAACAAUAUCAACACCGGGACAGACCUUCCCCUAUAUCGGCCUCUGAAUGAGCCCCAGGCCGGGUCCAUUAGCAAUAUCGACACCGAGGCAAAUAUUUCCUCACAUCCGUCACCGGCCGAGCCCCUUGGUGAUGCGCCGAAUGAAAAUGAAUACUCUAGAGAGCUUUCUGGUGAGUAUUUAGGUGAACCCUCUGGCGCACCCUCAGGUGAGCUCUUAAGUUCGUUCUUGGAUGCCUCGUGGUAUGGUGUCGCCGAUCCUCUAAAUACUACUACUCAUGGGCAUCUCGAUAACUACGAUAACGGUGUUGAUUUAUUACAUCCUAGAAGCCACCAUGGAACUUACGACGAAACACCCGAUGUUCCGAUGGUGAUGCGGAACGGGAGUAUGAAUGAUCAUAGCAGAGCGGGCCACGCGCCAAAUGAAGUCAACGAUAACAACGGUAAUUCGACCAAUGAAUGGGCGAUGAUUGAAACUACAUAG